AUGGCCACCACAAUUAAUUCAACUAUAAAGCUAGCCAGCGGCUACGAGAUCCCCCGUCUAGGCUUUGGAGUCUACAAAACCCCCCCAGAAGAGACGGAGCGAUGCUGUCUUGAAGCGCUCGAAGCUGGCUACCGCCACAUUGAUUCUGCGGCAGUGUACAAGAAUGAAGCUGGUUGUGGCAAUGCGAUUCGCGCAUCGUCCAUCCCGCGUGACCAGAUAUUCUUCACUUCCAAAGUGAUUAAUAUCAGCUAUGAUGAAGCAAAGGCAACUGUUGACCAGAGUCUUGCCCUGACAAAACUCGAGUACAUCGACCUGAUGCUUCUCCACAAGCCAAUGGCGGGUGGCUCCGAGAAUCGCAAGGGUGCUUGGAAAGCGUUGGUCGAGGCUGUUGAAGCCGGCAAAGUACGCUCAAUCGGUGUCAGUAACUACGGUGUCCACCACCUGGACGAGCUAGAGCAAUACAUUCGCGAACUUGAAGCCGAGCGCGGCGGCAAGGGCAAGGGAGGCAUUAUUAGUAUCAACCAGGUCGAACUUCAUCCUUGGCUCGCUCGGAAAGAUAUUGUCGAUUGGUGUACGCAGCGUAGCGUUGCUCUCCAGGCUUACGCGCCCAUUGUGCGAGGCGCCCGCUUUGAGGAACCGUCCGUCAAGAAGCUAGCGGAGAAGUACGACAAAACGCCAGCUCAGGUUCUUAUUCGUUGGAGUCUGGAUAAGGGAUUUAUUCCGUUGCCGAAGAGUGUUACGCCGUCGCGCAUUAUUGCUAAUGCGGAUGUUUUUGACUUCAAGUUGACACCGGAGGAGGUUCAGGAGCUGGAGACGGAUGAAUACAGCCCUUGUGCGUGGGAUCCGACAGUGACAAAGCUGGAGGAAUAG